CGGUCGAUGCUUUGAAACAGAGGCAAAGUUGGAACCAAAGUAACCGAGCGGCACUUGAACGCAGCAUCAGACUCAGGUUCCUCACACCGACACACACAACCAGCAGCGUGUGUUUGCGACUCGCUGCUCGGUGGUCUGCGUUGUCCAGCAAAGAUACCGUCAUGGGCUUGAUGUUUCGGGCACAAUACCGCAGUUCGACAGCGAACCAGAACAUGUAAGGGGCGUCGAAACCGCUUUGAUUCGUACUGCACGCGGCAGACGUAAUCGGCGUUGAAAACAAAAGGAGUUGGCGAAAGAGAAAGACGAUGGUGGAGAGACCAGAAGAGGACCUGCAAUCCAGUCUAUUGAAAUUCGCAAUAAACUUUUUAAGGUUAUGAAAGACAAUCGUUUAGUAUGUCGGACCCAAGUCAACCGAGCCGGAACAAGUCCCAUUUUGUUCCUGAAGCCUUGCUGAAGCGCUCAAAAAGCUGCCGCAGCAACAACAGGAAGAGUCUCUGUGUCGGAACGCCAUCACCCACUUUGUCCCGACCCCUCUCCCCCCUCUCAGUCCAUACAGCCGCAAGCAGCCCACUGGACAGCCCACGAAAUGUGUCGACCAGUGCCUGCGUCAACUUUCCGUUUGCCCGAAGUCACUUGGCUCGUGCAGACAGAGCUGAGGGCCGAAGAUGGUCUCUGGCAUCCCUCCCUUCGUCAGGCUAUGGAACCAACCCACCGAGCUCAACUGUUUCAUCCUCAUCCUCCUCCCAGGAGCGCCUUCAUCAGCUUCCCUACCAGCCAACCCAAGAUGAGCUGCACUUCCUUUUCAAACACUUCCGCAGCACGGACAGUAUAACUGACGAGGAUGGCCGACCCACAACCGUCAUGCGACCUCGCUCCCGGAGUCUGAGCCCUGGGCGAUCAAGCGUCUCCUUUGACAAUGAGAUAGUCAUGAUGAACCAUGUUUACAGAGAACGCUUUCCAAAGGCCACAGCCCAGAUGGAGGAGAGAUUGUUGGAAAUUGUUACCCACUGUUCUCCAGACAGCUCCCUCCCGUUGGCUGAUGGGGUGUUGGGUUUCAUCCAGCACCAGUUGGUCGAGUUGGUCCGUGACUGUUUGGAGAAGUCCCAGAAAGGUCUGGUUACAUCUCGCUACUUUGCUGAGCUUCAGGAGAAGUUGGAAAAGCUGCUUCAUGAGGCCUACGAGCGCUCGGAAAGUGAGGAGGUGACUGUCAUCAUCCAGCUGGUGAGGAAAAUCCUGAUCAUCAUCUCUCGGCCGGCUCGCCUCCUCGAGUGUCUGGAGUUUGAUCCGGAAGAGUUCUACCAUUUGCUUGAGGCAGCAGAAGGUCACGCCAAAGUCGGCCAGGGGAUCAAAUCGGACAUCCCUCGAUACAUCAUCAGCCAGUUGGGUUUAGCACGAAACCCUUUAGAGGACAUGGUGCAGCUUCAACAGUGUGAUUGCAGUCCCUCAGUGUCGAUUGAGCCAGAUGGGGAGAAUAAAACCCCGCUGGCUGUGACCCCAACACGACGGAAACCUCUUGAGAGCGAUUUUGAGACCAUUAAACUCAUCAGUAAUGGGGCUUAUGGGGCUGUUUAUCUGGUCCGCCACAAGGAGACUCGUCAACGGUUUGCCAUGAAAAAGAUCAAUCGUCAAAAUCUCGUCUUGAGGAACCAGAUUCAGCAAGCGUUUGUGGAGAGAGACAUCUUGACUUUUGCAGAGAAUCCCUUCGUUGUGUCCAUGUUUUGUUCUUUCGAGACAAGACGCCACCUCUGCAUGGUCAUGGAGUACGUGGAGGGUGGCGAUUGCGCCAACUUGCUGAAGAACAUGGGUCCACUACCUGUAGAAAUGACAAGGAUGUACUUUGCCGAAACUGUCCUGGCCCUGGAGUACCUUCACAAUUAUGGGAUAGUGCACCGAGACCUCAAACCUGACAAUUUGCUGAUCACAUCCAUGGGCCACAUUAAGUUAACAGACUUUGGCCUGUCAAAAAUUGGCCUGAUGAACAUGACCACCAACCUCUACGAGGGUCACAUGGAGAAAGAUACGAGGGAAUUUGUUGAUAAACAGGUGUGUGGUACUCCAGAGUACAUUGCCCCAGAGGUGAUUCUCAGGCAAGGAUACGGGAAACCAGUAGACUGGUGGGCAAUGGGAAUCAUCCUUUAUGAGUUCCUGGUCGGUUGUGUUCCAUUCUUUGGCGAUACUCCCGAGGAACUUUUUGGCCAAGUUGUCAGUGAUGACAUCAUUUGGCCUGAAGGAGACGACGCUUUACCAAUGGACGCACAGGACAUGAUUACCCAUCUCUUGAGGCAAAGCCCCCUAGAAAGACUGGGAACUGGUGGGGCCUCAGAGGUCAAACAGCACGCCUUCUUCGUGGGUUUGGACUGGAAUGGACUAUUACGACAAAAAGCAGAAUUCAUCCCUCAGCUUGAUUCAGAAGAUGAUACAAGCUACUUUGACACACGAUCCGAGCGCUAUCAUCACAUGGCGUCUGAUGAGGAUGAGGAAACCAAUGACGAAGAAUCUUCACUGGAAAUCAGGCAGUUUUCCUCAUGGUCGCAUCGUUUCAGCAAGGUGUACAGCAGCACAGAACAUUUGGCUACGCCAUCCAAUUUGAGCUUCUCAUCUGAUCGCAGUCACAGCGAGGACAAAGAGGACCGCGUUGAUGUUGGAGGGCUUAGUCCCUCCACGGGUCCAGCAGAUGGCGCUCUGGAGCCCAGACUCCCAGGACGCAUGGCUAGCCUCUGCCCCAGGGCAUCACCCAGGUCCUCCCAGUCUGAAAGGAGCACCAGUCCCCUGGUGAUGAGCAGCACCCACAGCCUGGAGAUGACACCCCGCUUUGCUGUCUCAACAGAUGAUGAGGCUGAAGUCGUUGUUUCCAAACUUCGAAGGAUCCGGAUCCGCAGCAACAGCACAGGGGCCAAACACUCAUCCCCCAAAGAGCCAGCUGGCCCACGGCGGUUUGGUAACCAACUUGAGACACCGGACAGACAGAGGCUUCCUUGUGGAGGCAAAGUUCCCAAGUCUGCCUCUGUUUCAGCUCUGUCGCUCAUCAUAACCACAGAUGACUCCCCCAGCGGCCUCCAGCCCAGUCCCAUCUCCCCAAGGUCACUGUCCUCAAACCCCUCCUCUCGUGACUCCUCCCCCAGCCGGGACCUGUCGCUCAGUCCCGGUAGCAUAAAGCCGCCAAUCAUCAUUCACACUUCGGGCAAGAAGUAUGGCUUCACAAUGCAGGCCAUCCGUGUCUACAUGGGUGACAGCGAUGUCUACACGGUCCAUCACAUGGUGUCGAGUGUGGAUGAGGGCAGUCCCGCCUACCAGGCAGGGUUACGUACUGGAGAUCUUGUCACUCACGUGAAUGGAGAGUCCGUCCAAGGCCUGGUUCACACCGAGAUGAUUGAACUACUGUUGAAGAGUGGCAGCAAGGUGGCGCUCCAGACCAUAGCGCUUGAAAACACGUCCAUCAAAGUUGGUCCAGCCCGAAAAACCAAACACAAAGGAAAGAUGGCCCGUCGCAGCAAGCGGAGCAAGAGGAGAGAUAACUAUGAUAGGAGACGCAGCAUCCUGAAGAAGUUAUCCAAGCAGAGCACCGUGAUGCACAGCAGUCGCAGCUUCUCGUCAGGUCUCCACCACUCCGUUUCCUCUAGUGAGAGUCUUCCAGGUUCGCCGACUCACAGCCUCUCUCCAGGCCCCUCCACGCCCUGCCGAAGCCCUGCGCCUGACCAUCAGGCCUUUGAUAACUCUCCUCAGAGCACUUCUCCAUGUUCCAGUUCUCCUAGUUCCCCUGCCGCACACAUCCGACCCAGUUCUCUCCACGGUUUGGGCUCCAAGCUCAGCACACAGCGUUACACCAAGGUGGGCCGCCGGAAGUCAACCAGCAACAUCCCGCCUUCACCCCUCGCCUGCUCCUCCUCUUCCGCCCAGCCGCUUUCUCCACAGCGCUCUCCCUCACCGUUGCCAGGCUUCGGCAAAACACUUCACCCCUUCCAUGGCAAAACCCUGUCACCGCCCACCAUCGUUAGGCACAUCGUGCGGCCCCGCAGUGCAGAACCACCUCGAUCUCCCCUCCUCAAGAGGGUCCAGUCAGCUGAGAAACUAUCUGGAAUGUAUCACGCCGAUAAGAAGUCAUACACCCCCCGCAGGCACACCCUGGAGGUGCCCUUUUACAGUGAAGGGGAGCUGCUUGUUGACUCAGAAGCAGAUGGGAGCUUUUCUGGCUCUCACCAGGGGGUCGACCACUCCAGACUCUACAGCUACCUGGGCGGCCAGAGGUUGUGGGACUCAGGGCCCGAGCGAUCAGAGCAACUGGUCGUCAUGCGAAAGCUCAACCUCUCGGAGCGCCGCGACUCCUUCAAAAAGCAGGAGGCGGUCCAGGAGGUGAGCUUUGACGAACCCGAGGAGAAAACGAGCGCUACGGCCACCUCCGGGGUUCAACAAAAGCAAGCCCAGAAACCGCUGCAACACAGGACCACUUGGCUGGCUAUGACUGGAUCGCAAAACAGCCAGGAGGUGGAGCUGCAGGUGCCAACGAUAAGGAGGUUCACCCUCGUGCCCCAAAUCGCCGUGCAGGGCUCGACAGAAAGCGAGGAACAGGAUGAGUGGGAGCCAUGUUCAGACGGGGAGGAGGCCCAGCAAGAGCUCACCGUCACUUCGUCUCAGCCACAGCAGCUGGUGGACCUCCUUCGCGAUAAGAGCUGCAGCCAGGAAGAGGAGACGUCCAGUUCCACUCAAGUCGGACAAUCAGCUGCAAAGUCCGAGUGUGGACAAGAGACGCCACCAAAGCACAUGUGAAAAAGUGACAGCUCGCCCUCUGCACUGAGGGAGAUGAGAAAGUGGCGGAUUUUACUUGAAUUUUGUACUGUACAUAUUUGCUUGGUGGACCUGCCAGUCGUAUUUAUUACAAUUGUAAAGCACGGUGCGUUAAGUGCAAGGGAGGGAAGGUCUUAAUGGUUCAACAGCCAAGGCUCAACUUUUUGUAUCUGUGAGAUGUGGUUUUUGCCUCUGUGACUGGAUGUCAUUCAGUUUUAUUUUUUAUAAAUGUCUAUAUUUUUAAAUAAAUUGCUGUGGUACCAAGUAAGGUGAUAACGCUGGGAAUUGUUAUUGGACCAAAAUGUGCUAGAAGUUGUUUUUAGAAUGCUAUGUUGUUCAUGUUACCCCCCCCCCCCCCUUCACAUUAUUUUGACCUUCAGCUUCCACUAGUAACACCAGUCGAAACACCCAGGACCUUUGGCCUUGUGUCCACACUGUGAGUAACAUGGUGGAUAUGUUUUUCCUGUGCAUACAUAAGGCAUUGAAAUCAUCCCUGCAUCACAUACCCGUCCCUUUUGCUGCCUGCUUUGGACUCCUUAAGCACAACACAACAACAUAACUUGCCCUCAUUGGACUGCAAAAUCUAAUUUAAAAGAACUGGAAAACUGCUUACAAUGUUUCAGUUGUU